CGACCUCCAACAGGGCGGUCUUAGAACAUUUAAAAUGCAUCACUAACGCACCAGGAGAGCAGUCCCGGAAAGAUGGCUGUCAUGACGCGUCUUCUCCUCCUUUCGCUGUUGGUCGGUGUCACAGUGAGUGCAGCUGUGGAUCUGCAGAAGAGAAUGUUUGGGGGUCAAGAUUGUCCAGCAAAUGAGCGUCAGUACCAUGUGAAGUUUAGUUAUCUUGGUGACCUGCUGUGUGGAGGCUCUCUGAUCAGUGACACCUGGAUCCUGACUGCGGCUCACUGCAGGGAGUUGCUUCCAAAAGCGAUUCUAGAUGUGCAUCCAGGCCCAGGAAGAAGUGUGUAUAUCACAUCCUUACCUAAGACCUACAAGGAAAAGGUGAACAUCAUAAUAAAGAAGAAACAUGACAUCAUGCUGCUGAAGCUUCGUAAAUCUUCCGGGAUUACACCUAUAGCUCUUCCUACUGUUCAGGAGUGUAACACUCGUAAGAACAUUCUUUCGUUUCAGAUUGCAGGUCACGCUGACAGAACUGUGAAUUUGAAUAAUGAACCAGUCGAUACUGAAUCUGCCACUCUUAAGUGUGCAGACAUGGAUGCGAUGGACUGUCAGAACUAUUUGAACAUCUUAAAGACCAAACAGCCGGACUUCCACAAGAAGCACAGCUUUCAACACCUGUUCUGUGGCCAGUCUUCUGUUGCGUCUUCUUCUCCGGGUGACUCUGGCGGAGGUGUGGUGCACAACGGCAAGCUUUAUGGGGUCAUUUCUUUUGGUAGUUUCAAUCCUGGCUCUGUCAAUUAUGAUGCAUUUAUUGACGUCUGUGAAUACCUCCCAUGGAUAGCAGAGAUUACUGGCAUCCCUUAAAGAGACAACGUAAAGAAAGAUCUACUAAAUGAUUGAACUUGAAAUGUCUUGUGAGUUGCAUCUCAUUUGCAGUUAAUAAAUAAAGACUUGAUUUGAUUUAAA